UUCAGUUGUCUAGCUGCUAUCAUUCCAAAUUAAUAUAAUCCAACAAUAUUAUCAGAAUGAAAUGCGUUCUUAUCCUGUUUGUUACAUUGGCAAUGAUGAUGUGCCUGUCCCAAGCUCAGCCAGUUGGUGAGGAAAAGGCCCGAGUGCGACCCCUUAUCCAAGUGAGGGAAGAUUACCCUGGAUCCCAAGUAAAGGAAGAUAAAGACGAAUCCGUGGAGACCCACUAUCGCCAAAAACGUGCCACCUGUGACCUGCUCUCCAAAUUCAAUGUCAAUCACUCGGUAUGUGCAGCCCAUUGCCUGGCCAGAGGUAACAGAGGUGGCUAUUGCAACAGCCAGGCCGUUUGCAUUUGCCGCAAGUGAAAUAAGAGUGGCAAGAACCUAAACUUGUUCAAAUUUAAUUGAACCAAUUAUAACAAAUUUUUUAAAUUGUACUUUUAAAAUCCAAA